UUCCAAAGUAUUUAUCCAUUCUUCACUUUCCAUUACUUCUCCACGUAUAUAUACAUGUCCUCUCGCUUUCUACAUUGUUCAGUAAGAGCUUUGUCUUCCACUUUCUUCACCACUCACCUAGUUUCUCCAUCUAGCAGUUUUCUUACGACUUUCUGUUUAAAUAAGGCCAAGAUAAAAAGAUCGUAUCCUCCCGUUAAUAUUAUUGUCAGAUCAAUGGCUUCAGAUGGCCAAACAUUCCCACCCCAGAGACAGGAAACUCAGCCUGGCAAAGAACACGUCAUGGACCCUACUCCUCACUUUUCUAGCCAGGAUUAUAAGCCUGCUAACAAGCUUCAAGGAAAAAUAGCGCUGGUGACAGGAGGCGAUUCCGGGAUUGGACGAGCAGUGUGCCAUUGCUUUGCGCUGGAGGGUGCAACUGUGGCCUUCACUUACGUCAAGUCUCAAGAAGAAAAAGAUGCACAAGACACGCUUAAAUUGCUAAUGCAAGCCAAGGGGGCAGAUGCAAAGGACCCAAUGGCUGUGCCAACAGACUUGGGUUUCGACGACAAUUGCAAGAGAGUGGUGGAUGAGGUUGUGAAUGCCUAUGGCCGUAUUGAUAUUCUGGUGAACAAUGCUGCAGAGCAGUAUGAGGCUAGCUCGGUUGAGGAGAUCAAUGAGGAAAGGCUUGAGAGAGUAUUCAGAACUAACAUCUUCUCUUACUUCUUUCUCACUAGGCAUGCUUUGAAACACAUGAAGGAAGGUAGCAGCAUAAUAAAUAGCACAUCAGUGAAUGCAUACAAGGGGAAUGCCAAGCUGCUUGAUUACACGGCCACAAAGGGGGCAAUUGUUGCAUUUACUAGAGGACUUUCCCUUCAGCUUGUUGAGAGGGGCAUACGCGUUAACGGCGUUGCCCCUGGUCCAAUUUGGACACCACUGAUUCCAGCUUCGUUUUCUGAAGAGGCAUGUGCAAAUUUUGGUAAAGAAGUACCAAUGAAGAGGGCUGGUCAGCCUAUAGAAGUGGCCCCAUCGUAUGUUUUCCUGGCUUCUUGUCCUGAAUCCUCCUAUAUAACUGGCCAAGUCCUCCACCCUAAUGGUGGGACGAUAGUCAAUGGUUAAAGAAAGCCUGCUCUUUGGGAGCUUUUGUCAACCUUCAUGGAAUGCUAUGAUCUGUUUUGUGUUAGGUUUUAGAUGUUUCUCUGUGUUUUGUACUUGGUCAUAGUGAAGUGGUAUCAAUAAAAUAAUACUCCACUCUGUAUGUUUAUAAGUUUGCAAUAUACUCUGUUUUGUCUCUC